CUUACAAAAUGUAUUCAAUCCCAAAUGGUUUAAACUCUUAUGGUGACAAUACUAUGAAUCUUCACGGUUCUGUUCCCACCCAAAUGAACUCCAGCUUUGGGGAUCCCGAGACUAAAAUGUUUCAAUCAAUGUUCACUACUUCUGUCAUCACAAACCAUCAUGGUUUGUUCUCUUCCUCUCAUGCUUCUAACUGUUAUCGAGAUUCAUCUUCUUUUGGUUUCAAUAAUUCACAUGCGGCUUAUCAGAUGAGAACCAACAUGGUCUCUGAUGUCGUUGAUUACUUUCCUAUUAACCAUAACCCACAAGUUUCUCAAAUCUCCAUCACCCAAACUAUCACAAGAAGGUACUCUGUUAUAGUUCCUACCCGUAGUUUGAUCACUGCCCAAAAUGAAUAUGAACGUGCUAUGGAUCCCAACAUUUCAUAUCCUUCCUUUUACCCUCAAACUUUUGUUGACAAUCAGAGAACCUAUCCUCAAAGUUUUGUUGACAAUCAGAGCAACAUCUUAAACCCUACACCUCUCAGUACCAUUUAUCCAAGGAAUGUAAACCAGUUUUCUUUUUCAUCAAAGCAACACCAUGACCAACAUGUUCCUCAUCAUCAACCAGUGAUUAAACGUCGAAAAUUUGAUGAAAUUUUUGACGGUUUUGAUUUUGAGGAGAAUGGUGUAUACGAUGGUCGGACACACAGCCUACCGUAUGAAAAGUACGGUCCAUAUACAUGUCCCAAAUGCAAAAACGUGUUUGAUACUUCACAAAAAUUUGCAGCGCAUAUAUCUUCGGUUCACUACAAGAAUGAGACGGUCGAAGAAAAAGCAAAGAGAUACAGCGCGAGGAACAAAAGAAGAUUCCGUAAGAUAGACCAAACAAUGCAUGGCGAAUCUCAGAUGAUCCAACCCGAAGAAAGAGUUGUAGAGGCAAGCGGAGGCAACAACAACAUUGCAAGUGGCAUUGAGGCUUCUCAACAACAGCUGGUUGUUAAGGAAGAACCUACUUAUGAACCAUGAUGUUGUUGAUUGAUAUGCUUUAUGUUUGGUUUAUGUUUAUCAUAAUAUCUAUGUAUCUUUUUGUUCUUGUUUUUGUUGGCAUUUCAUCAUCUUUGUAGAUGAGUGAUUUAGUCACUGGGAUUAAAUCUC